AUGUCCAUAAUCGCGGACGGCAUUUACGCCGCUCUCCCUACCACCACCAGAGGCCAACCUACCCCUCUAUCAGCGGAUGCGAAAGGAGAGCGGAUCGCCUACGCCUCGAACAAGUCGAUUUUCCUUCGAUCCAUCGAUAAUCCUGCCUCUUCCACUCAGUACACUCAACACACUGCGGCAACCACUGUUGCGAGAUUCAGCCCGUCCGGCUUCUACUGUGCGUCGGGCGAUGCGUCAGGUGUGGUGAGGGUCUGGGACUGUUCGCCUGAAGGACCCGGGGUCACCAAAGGCGAAUACGCCAUCAUUUCCGGCCGGAUCAAUGAUAUCGCUUGGGAUGGUGACAGUCAGCGUAUAAUAGCAGUGGGCGAUGGCAAACAACGGUAUGGCCAUUGCAUUACAGCCGACUCUGGCAAUACUGUGGGAGAAAUAAGUGGUCAUUCUGCACAAGUCAAUGCUGUCAGCAUACGACAACAACGACCUUUGAGGGCGGCAACAGGUGGCGACGACAAGAAUCUGGUGUUCUACCAUGGGGCACCAUUUAAAUUCAACGGAAUUCCCGGUCGCGGCAGCCAUAACAACUUCAUAUACGGCGUUGCCUUUUCCCCAGAUGGAAAUCAUCUGAUUAGUGUCGGUGGCGACAAGAAGAUCGUGCUCUAUGAUGGGAAGACUGGAGAUGUCAAGGCAGAAAUCGUGGAUGAUGCCGAAGGGCACAAAGGUAGCAUCUUCGGCGUCUCAUGGUCGAGCGACUCGAAACGAUUCGUCACUUGCUCUGCCGACCGUACUGUCAAAACCUGGGAUGUGGAGGCUGGGAAGGUCUCGCAUUCUUGGUCCUUCGGUGAUGGGGUUGCCGUUUCCGACCAACAGGUUGGUGUCGUCUGGCCAGCCGGCAGGUCGGAUGGAUUGAUCAUUUCCCUUUCGCUCAGCGGUUGUCUCAACUACCUGAACACGAACUUUAGUAAGCCGACAAAGAUUAUCUCCGGACACCAAAAGAAUAUCACGGCUCUCGCUUCCUCCGGGGACAGCAAAGAUGUAACCCUUUGGACCGGGAGUUCAGAGGGCCGCCUGUGCUCAUGGGACGUGGCCAGUGGCGUUGCUGAAACAAUUGAGGGCGAGGGCCACACCAACAUCAUUUCAGGUCUUGCAGCAACCCCUUCGGGCAAGCAUCCUCAAAUUUUCUCGGUGGGUUGGGACGAUUCCUUGCGGACAGUGGACGUGGGUGCAAAAACAUUUACCGGAAAGGCCACUCAGCUGUCGUCCCAACCAAAGGCUCUGACAUGCACAUCGGAUUCUCUUGUUGUCGUCGCCCAGGUGGAGAGCGUCCUCGUGUACAGAGACGGAGAAGAGGAUGGGGAGCUUCCACUGAAAUCAACACCGACGUCUCUGGCUUCUUCCAGUACUACUGUUGCCAUUGGAUCUGAAGACUCGAGCCUUCGAUUAUUCUCUGUGGUACCAGGAAAAGCGCCCAAGCAGACAGCAGUCGUCGAGUCAGUGUCUGCAACUCCUCUGACUGCGCUCGCAUUCUCUCAAGAUGGGAAUAUGAUAGCUGCCGGAACAGCGGCAGGCAAGAUCUACGUCUACAAGAUCAGCACGGGAAUUACUGGGCUUGUGACUGGGAAUUCGUCCCUUGAACUUGUGACUGAUCGAUGGAACGCACAUACUGCGAAAAUCACUUGCAUUGCCUGGAAUGCAGAAGGCACAGGGGCAGUCUCCGGCAGUCUAGACACGAAUCUAUUUGCGUGGAGCUUGAAAGAGCCUGGAAAGAGAGUCAAGGAGACCAAUGCCCACAAAGAAGGGGUCAACGGCGUUGUUUGGCUGGGGGACACGGUCUACAGCACGGGCGCGGAUGCGACCGUGAAGAAGUGGAAGGUGAAGAUAGCCUAG